AGUGCCUAACUUAGUACGGUACAUAUUAUAAUAACUGCAUGUGGUCCUCACAAUUGGAUGAGUAACUGUUGCUCGAAAUAUUGAAGGUGCUUGUUAUAAAAUCGGAACAAACAAGGAUAAGAUUUGCAAAGCUAUCCCCUUAUUCCUCAUUCUUUACUUCUUGCCUAUUCCUUCAUCCAGAGUGACUUAAAAGAAGAAGAUAUAUCAAAACCACCACACUUACUCACUAGGUGAUUUCUACGUGAUUUCUACGUGAAGCCAUCACCAGUCAAGACAGAAGGAAAGGUGAAAAAGGUGAAAGGGGAAGAAGAAGGAUAAGAAAGGGGAAAAAGCGAAGAAAGUGAAAAAACAAAAAAGAAAGAAGAAGAAAAUAUGGCCUCAUUAGAUAUCAUUGAUCACUCCCCUCAUCAUCCCGAUCCUUCACCACCUGUCUCCACGGCCUCAAAUUUAAUCCUCAUAGACAACUAUGACUCCUUCACCUGGAAUGUAUACCAAUACCUUGUCCUAGAGGGUGCCGCUGUUACCGUCUACCGGAACGACCAGAUCACCCUCAACGAGUUAAUCGCCAAGAACCCGACCCAGCUAGUCAUCAGCCCCGGUCCGGGUCACCCCAUCACAGACUCGGGUAUUAGCCGCGAUGCUAUCAAAUACUUUGCAGGAAAGGUCCCCAUACUUGGUGUUUGCAUGGGCCAACAAUGCAUUUUUGAUGUAUACGGCGGCGACGUGAAGUCUGCCGGCGAGAUCCUCCAUGGAAAGACCUCGCCAUUAGCUCAUGACUCUAAAGGCGUCUAUGCCGGUAUGGCUCAGGGCCUCCCCGUCACUAGGUACCACUCACUGGCAGGCACUCAUGUGACUUUGCCCGAAUCCCUCGAGGUCACCUCCUGGAUACCUAAAGAUGAUGGUUCCAAGGGCGUCAUCAUGGGCGUGCGCCACAAGCAGUACACUGUCGAGGGCGUCCAAUUCCAUCCCGAGAGUAUCCUGUCUGCCGAUGGCCGAGUCAUGAUCAAGAACUUCCUGCAUAUGCAAGGGGGUACUUGGGCGGAGAACGAGCAGUUGUACAAGGAGGCGCGCGCCGACGACGUGAAGAACGGCGUCGGCCAUCCGUCAUCAUUGUCGGCCCCGAAAAAGAAUAACAUCCUACAGCAAAUAUACGUCCGUCGAAAAGAAGCUGUAGCGGCCCAGAAAGAGAUCCCAUCCCAUCGUCCGCGAGAUCUCGAAGCUGCUUAUCAACUCAACGCUGCGCCGCCCCUAAUCUCAUUCGUGGAUCGCCUGCGGCAGAGCCCCUUUGAUAUAUCCUUAAUGGCCGAAAUCAAGCGUGGCUCCCCGUCAAAGGGUAUAUUUGCCCUCGACAUAGACGCUCCGUCGCAAGCCAAGAAAUAUGCGCUCGCAGGCGCCAGCGUCAUUUCCGUUCUCACAGAACCCGAUUGGUUCAAAGGUAGCAUCGAAGACCUCCGCGCUGUGCGGCAAGUGUUAGACAGCAUGCCCAACCGACCAGCCGUGCUACGGAAAGAAUUCAUCUUCGAGGAGUAUCAGAUUUUGGAAGCGCGGCUUGCGGGUGCCGACACGGUGCUCCUCAUCGUAAAGAUGCUAGAUGUAGACCUGCUCACACGCUUAUACCACUAUUCGCUUUCCCUAGGUAUGGAGCCUCUAGUCGAGGUCCAGAAUGCGGAAGAGAUGGCGACGGCCGUUAAGCUUGGCUCCAAGGCUAUCGGGGUGAACAAUCGAAACCUAGAAUCUUUUGAGGUUGACCUUAGUACCACGAGCAGGUUGCGUAGCCUAGUUCCCAAGGAGACUAUCAUAUGUGCGCUAAGCGGUAUCAACACCCAUGACGACGUUGUAGCCAACCAUAAGGAUGGCGUCAAUGCCAUCCUAGUAGGGGAAGCCAUCAUGCGAGCUCCCAACGCCUCGCAAUUUAUCCAACAAUUAUGCGCAGGUCGCACCACAGCCACCGAACUCAAGCCCAAGCCCGGACCUUUACUCGUAAAGAUCUGCGGGACCCGUACCCCCGAAGCCGCGAUCGCGGCUGCCGAGGCCGGCGCGGACUUGAUCGGCAUGAUCCUCGUCCCGGGACGGAAACGCACUGUGAUUGACGAUGCUGCCAAAGCCAUUUCCAAGGCAGUCCACUCCUUCUCCCGACCCGCGUCCGCAUCACCCGCUGCCAUACCUAACAAUUCCGCGAGCGACUUCUUCGCCUCGGCGGCUCGCAAACUGGCCUCUCACGACCACACGCGCCCCCUCCUGGUCGGUGUCUUUCAAAACCAGUCACUCGAUGAGAUACUUGCGCUUCGUGCGCGCUACGACCUCGACAUCGUGCAGCUUCACGGUCGCGAGCCCGUAGAAUGGGCCCGCGCCAUCCCCGUUCCCGUGCUACGGCGCUUCGCACCUGGCGAGCCUGGUAUCGGGGCCCGGGGGUACCACGCUGCUCCCCUCUUCGACUCAGGUUCCGGAUCGGGCCAGGUCCUAGACGCAGUUGAUGUCAAAGCUGCACUAGCUAAGGAUGAAGAGUUGCGAAUUCUGCUCGCUGGUGGUCUGACCCCGAACAAUGUGACCGAGGUUGUCAAGGCGGCUGGCGAAGAGGGAAGUAGGAUUCUAGGAGUAGAUGUAAGCAGUGGGGUCGAGAGUGAGGACGGUCAGCAGAGUCUAGAGAGGAUACGGGAAUUUGUGAAGACGGCGAAAGCAAUUAGAUAAGAUGAACGAAAACCAAACAACAUAGAGUCACGUAUCAGGCGAACGAGGAUGAUGUUCCCAAGAAGAAAACUUAUAGGCCGGAUGGGGCGGGGAUGGAUGGAUGGAUGGAUGGAUGAGUUAAAUGCUAGGUAUGGAAAAGUGAAUCGUGUUAGGUAGUAGCUAACUAAGUCGUCUAAAAUCUCGAACCCCUUUUGCUUGGGUUUGUUCAUUACUUCGUGAUCCUAAUACUGAGGUUUGCAAUACCAUUGUUUUCAACUCCUUAACAAGCGGUCUCCUCCCCCCUUUUCUUUCUUUCUUCCC